GAGAGAGAGAGAGAGAGAGAGAGAGAGAGAGAGAGCAAGGAAGGUAGAGCGAGAGAGAGACAGAGGGAGAGUGCGCGCGUGCUCUCCACCCCAGCCGAGCUCGCCUGUAGUGCAGCCCACUGCGCUGCCUGUUGCAAAAAAAAAUGGCGAGGCCCCUGGCCCCUCGGUCCGCAUCAGCCCCGGGAGUGCUCGGAGACUCCGGUCCCGUGAGCCCGUUAUGACUCGGGAGGAUGGAGAAGCUGUCGGCGAGCCUGUCGGAGAUCGCGUGGAGCCCGUUGGCCCUGCCGCUGGACGCGGUGGUCAGCAAGUUCCGGUUGCCUACUUUGGUCCGUCUAGCCCACGGUGAGUGUGUGGAGGGCCUUGCGGAGGAGGACGUGGUGCUGCUCCACUCGUGCCGCCAGUGGACCACGGUGACGGCCCACAGCCUCGAGGAGGGACACUACGUCAUCGGUCCCAAGAUAGACAUCCCACUCCAGUACCAGGGGAGGUUCAAGCUGCUGGACGAGGACCGUGACGUGCGCGACCCCGUGCAGUACUUCUGCAGCGUGGAGGAGGUGGCCGCCGCCUUCCCCGACCGCGUCUUCGUCAUGGAGGCCAUCACCUUCAGUGUCAAGGUGGUGUCCGGGGAAUUCAGCGAGGACAGCGAACAGUACAGCUUCACUCUGCAGGCUGGGGAUGAGCUGUCACUCAUGGGGAAGGCGGAGCUCCUGUGUGCCACGCCCUCUCGGGAGAAGAGUGGACUGAGCGCACUCCUCAGGCGGCUGGGCAAGACGCCCCGAAGUAAAACCCCGUGCCUGGUCUGCAUGAACCACCGCACCAACCAGAGCCUGAGCCUGCCCUUCGCCUGCCGCGGCCGCUUCUGCACGCGCUCCCCGCUGGAGCAAGGCAUGCUGGGCACCGAGCACACGGUGCGCAGCGUCAUCGAGCGCGUGCGCCUCCCCGUCAACGUGUCGGUGCCGGCGCGGCCGCCGCGCAACCCCUACGACCGGCACGCCGUGCGCGAGGGCCACCGCUACAAGCUGCUCAACAUCGUCAGCAAGACGGUGGUGCUGUGCCUGGUGCUGCGGCGGCAGGAAGUCUCGCCCUCCCACUUCCUGCUGCUGCGCUGCAUGCCCCGCUUCGCCGUGGCCGAGGCCUCCGUGCACGCGGCGGCGCUGGAGAGCCUGCUGCUGCGCCACGCCUUCGACGCCGACGCCUACUCGCGCGCCGUGAGGGAGACGCGGCCCGAGCUGGAGGGCGUGGCCGAGGAGUGCGUGAGCCCGCGUCGCUCCGGGGGCGUCUGCGUGUCGGACGCGCUGGGCCCCGCCCUGCACCGCAUCGCGCUCUGCGGCUACGGCGGCGGCAGCUACGGCGGCGGCGUUAGCAAUAACGGCGGCGGCGGGGGUGGCGAUGCGUCGGAGGCGCUGUCCCGCCGCUGCAGGGUCUCGCUGGGGGAGGCGCCCCUGGAGGAGCGGGAGUACACGACGCCCGAGUGGUCCGACGCCGAGGGCCGGGCCGGGGAGGAGAUCCCCUAUGAGGAGCUGUGGACCAAUCAGAACGCAGAGGGCCUGGGCAAGGAGCCCAACCUCAUCGCCUUCCACUCCUCCUCCUCUAUGGACGGAGCCCUGGGCACCGUGGUGACCAGCGUGGUGUCAGCCCCGCCCCCCAUACCGCCCAAGUCAGACGCUGUGAGAGAGGAGUGCCGGUUCCUCAUCGCCCCUCCCAUCCCUCCUCGCUGUUCUAAAGCGGAGUGUGUGUCCAGCCCGGCCCCCAGCCCCCCCGUCCCCCCGCGCUUCCCCAAGCUCUCCGCCUCCCCCCGACCCAACAGGUCCUUCUACUCCUCAGGCCUGCAGGACAGUUUGUCCCCCUCUCCAGACAACUCCCUGUACUGCUACCCCUGCUCCUGGGGCGACUGCCCCGCCCCCUUGCCCGCCCAACCAAGCCCUGAGCCAAUCCCCAGCCUCCCUGCCGGGGGAACGUCCAAUCCGCACCCGGCCCAGGCCACCUGGUCCGAGCCCUGGCUGGAGUCGUACAGCUCCGGUCCUCGCCUCAGGCCGCCGCCCCCUCAGAGCCGAUUCGCUCCCUUCGGAGCGCUAAAUCCCUUCAACCGCCAAUCCCCAUGCCCGUCCCCCGAGCCCCCGGCCAAUCCCGCGACAGACGCCUCCCGAGGUGCGGAAGGGGGCGGGACUUCGAUGGGAGGGGGCGGGGACACGUCGCUGGCCCUGGCCGGCGACCCCGCCUGGCGGCCCCCCGCCGACCUCUCUGCUCUCUCAUUGGAGGAGGUGUCCGCCUGCCUGCGGUUCAUCGGCCUAUCGGAGGCGGCGGUGGGCGUGUUUCAGCGGGAGCGCAUCGACGGCCGCCUCCUGGUGCAGCUUACCGAGGACAUCCUGUCACAUGACUUCCACCUGAGCAGACUGCACGUCACCAAGAUCACACAGUUCAUACAGGGCUGGCGGCCCAAGAUAUAACACACACACACACACACACACACACACACACACACACACACACACACACACACACACACACACACACACACACACACACAAACACACACACACACACACACACACACACACACACACACACACACACACACACACACACACACACACACACACACACACACAUCAACACUACACAGCCCACACUGUCCUUAAUAAUGUGCCUGUUGGCCACUGAGCCAUUCUGAAUGUGCCUUUUACUGGGAUCAACCAGCUGUGAAGGCCUGGUUACUGGAGCACGCCUUACGGCCGGUGUGAGAAGCUGUCCUUGGACGGGCUGCUAUAGGGGGGCCCGUGCCUCCAUAACUCAUAAUGACUGAGAGUCUGCUGCACAACACAAGGAGACAGGGACUAUAGUUUACUAAUAAAGAAGGACGGCUGGAGACUAGUGAUGUGGUAGCGUAUCUACAGUUAGUGUUUCGACCUCUUCAGUUGCUGCUGGGAAAAAUGAACAAAGUGAUGUUGCCUGGAUUACCGUGGGUGGAAUGCAAGAACAACAUGUGCUGUGAAGACAGUGAGAGGAUUAGGUUGAUAGAGAUGUAUUGGUUUUGUGUUGGGCGUACGAUUAUAAACCACACGAGAGAAAUCUGAGCCGUGCGAAAUGCAUUAGCUGACCUUUUUUUUUUUUAAGCCAGCAAUCUUGUCGAUCGGCACUUGAGUGUCAAUAAAUAGAUAUAAACAAACAUCCUGUCAAUUCGACAGGAUGUCUCCUCUUUUGUCAAAGAGGAGACGUCUUACAGAGAAAGGGGUGGUGCGGGUUGAAAAUACACUGCGACACUGCCUUGGUACACUCUGGUAGGCAGGCAGAGCGACAAGAUCCACCAAAUGGCUGGAUCUAAUACAAUUUCCCAUAGUUCACAAUUAGAGUUCUCAGAAGGACUCUCAGGCUGCCAUUCCUGCCACUGAAGACUUCCACGGGACAAUAAAGAUGUGACGCUCAAAUGUGUGCAUCACGCCAAAACGCAGGGAUUCUUUGACAGAAAGUUACGCUACCAUCGCGGAAAUCGGUGGCUCCUUGGUAAACAAAGGCAUGAUUAAUGCCCAAACCUGGAUGGUUUGGAUCAAACUAUUUCACAGUGGGGUCGUUUUAGGAAGAACACAGGAGUAUAACUAAUUAUGGGUCUCUUCCUUUUGUAUACCAGUGCACAGGCACUAGACUCAUCUUUACUAUGUUAGUUGGUGCUGGUUCAAAACCUGAGCAGGCCCCUAAAUAGUGUUGUGCAUUACACUGAGUUUGUCCUACAGCGACUCCUCAGUGUAAAGGGAAUAUAAAGGGGCCAGGGGUUCCGGGAAGUGGAUGAGCUCGGGAGCCUUCCCCCAGCCCUCCAUACUGACUCCAGGCUGUGUGGACAACGUUUCUUGCCGUUGUGAUGCUGGUACGGGCCAUCGUUGUGCACUUGGUGGAGAUGCUGGUGAACCCCCAGGGACUAGUGUACACAUAUUACAGCUCACUGGUGUUCAUGGAAACAAGACUUAUCAAGUAUGCUGCUGGAAUAAUAAAUAAUAAGGUUAUAAUAACGUUUCGUUUUUA